AUGAAGGGGACGCUGCCCGAGGUCUCUGGUGCGGCCACCAAAGGGAUGAAUCCUUUGGUGGGCGAUAAGGCGAACACACAAGGCUCGUUGGCGCCCACAGUCGACAAUGCGGCGAGUGUUCUGGCAAAGCAAAAGCACAAGUGGGCGGUGGCGGGGUGUAUCGCAGUGUGCUUCCUUGGUUGGGGCCUGGCCACAUUCAUCAUGGGCUAUGUCGGCCAGCGUGCCUCCUUUCGGGCCUCCCUCCUCUACAACACUAUGGGGUUCCUUCUCUGUACAUUGCCGUUCCUACCUCAACAGCAGUUCCGAACGUUCACGCGCAACCACUUGCUGUGUAUCGUGUCCGGCCUGAUGUUCACGUGGGCGGACGUGGGCUUCUUCAAGCUAUCGAGCAUGGGGAUGAGCGUGAGCGUGCUGGGACCUGUGACAGCUCUCUACAUCAUCGUACCCGCCGUGCUGGGCGUGCUGUGUCUGGGCGAAACCUUCACUCUGCGCAAGGUGGUGGGCCUGGUUCUGGCGGUGUCCGCUAUCUGCCUCCUCGCCAGCGACGAGGGCGCAGCCUGA